AUUUAUUGACUUUUUUUAUAAGCAACCAUCUCGAGAGCAGGCAUUGAGCCAGCUCACAUGCAUAAACCUUUCCUCAAAGACCUACUAGCUCAUCCUCUCAAAUCUCCUCUUCAUUCAUUCCUGCGUCUUAUCACAAUAAUCUUCCUCCCAUGACAAACAGAGUGAUUAUUAAGAGAAACAGCAAUGGAAGCCUUUAGAUGUUGUUCUUGGAAACAGGGUCCCAGCUGAUGUUCUUCGUGGAGACUCUUGGAAUGUUGUGUUCUUCAAACCUGCCAACAGGCACUAUCUUAGCCUCCAGAAGUUUAGUAGUAUUCCGGGUGGGCCACUUAAAACCCACACACAUCCAUCCAUAUAUGAAAAUAAAAUGUGUCUAAGUUACAGAAAUCCAGCAGAGCAAAUAAGGAAAUGUGUUCACUCUCAAAUUCUUGCUAAUGACAAUGGGACUCUGAACCAGAAGAAAUGCUCCAGACUCUUAGCUGAGGGUCUGCUUAGACAAAAAUAAGUAGGAUGUUCAAGAAGGUUUCUCAGCAGAGAACUAAAUGAAGUAGAAGGUGGCCAACCAAGGCAGCCAUUUCCUACACAAGGGGAUGCAACCAGGCUCUUCCAAAUUUUUUGAGUUCACCUUCAGUUUUCUGCCUUGCCAAAGGAUCGAGUUCUUUGUCAGCUCUGUCAAUAGCAAGUAAGGAAACAGUCUACAGAAUAAGGCCAUUUCUAGGCUGCUUCUCCACCUCCCAAGAUCAUCAAAGUUACUGAUGCUGGAUAAGCAGUCAUGUCGAUUGGGUUUAGGUUUUCAAAGACUAUGGUACUCAUGACCCUAUGCUAAAAGCGUAUAAUAUAUUCACUUGGCAGCAGAAAUUCUUGCAGUUUCCCAACUGCUCCUGUGCUCUGUUGGGCCUCCUAACUCUUGCACAAGCUUUUAGCCUUGUCUGAAAUGGUCAUUAUCUUUAUUACCUGGUUAAUACCUGUGAGUAUUAUAUACCUGUGAGUAUAUAUAAGAUGCAGUUCAGGUGUAAUCCCCCCUGAUUCUCCCACUUCUGGGCCAGGUUCCUGUUUUCUGGUCUCUGUGUUUCCCCCACUGUCACAGUGCAGGGAACCACUAGUACUUAUCCAUCCACCUCAGCGGAUGAGGGGCUUGCCUGGAAGUUAUAAGGAGCAAUGGCUGAGGGCUUGGGAUUCUGGAGUCAGUUGACCUGGGUUAAAAUCCUGCUCCUCCGCUUUCCAGGUAUAAGACACUGGGCAAGUUUCUUAAUGUCCUAGGCCUAAUUUUCAGUAUGAGGAUAUAAACAGCAUCCACCGUGGAGGGUCACUGCCAGGCUGAAGGAGAUAAGGCACGUGAAGGGCUUGGCACGGCCCAGCGCCGCUACUCGGUGAAUAAACGGUAGCUACACUUACUGCCUUUUUCAUGUCCCUUGAAUCAUUCACCGUGGUCGCCUCUCAUGGCUGGAGUACAGAGAACCUGGAGAAGGAUAAACAGUAGGUACCAAGACUGGGAUGGCAGUUGGCACUUUGAAUGCCAACAUAAGUAUUCGGGACUGUGUUAAAGGUUAUGGGGAGCCAUUGAAGGUUUAUGAACAGAGACGUGUCUCAAAGGGAUGCUUUAGAAAAAGCCCUCUGAAGGCAGGCUAAGAGACGGGUUCAAGAAAAGGAGGAACCAGGUGGAGGAAGCUCUGUUAGGAGCCUGUGGGAAGAAUCCCGGAGAGCAGCGUGCUGAGGCCUGGGGUAGAGGCAUGAAUGAGAGAAACUCCAAAAUAGAAAUGACAGCUUGGGUUUGCGGAAGAAGAAAGAAAGAAAUUUCAGGCUUGGUAACUGAGGAGAGGCAGUAGUGUUGCCACCAACAGAACUAGGAAGUGGAAAAAAGAGCACUGGAAAGGGAAGAAAGUCAGUUAGGCAUUCAAAGACAAGAUCUCUGCCUUCAAGAGGGCUUCCAAUAGAGGUUAGGUAACAUGUUUUGGAGUAAAAAGAGCCUGGUGCUCUGGGCUCUAAUAAGAUCACUGUUAUCACAGGACUGCUCGCAGACCUAGACUCACCAACGACACAGCUGCAUCCACACAACCACACAUGCGUGUAGAGAAUCCAUGCACACAACACCAGACCACAGACACACGUAGACACACAGAUGCAAAAACACAUUGACUCAUACCCUCUUCCACUGAUGUAGCUGUCUUCUCUCAUACUCACAUGGACAUACAAUUUCUCAUUCACAAGUACACACACACACACUCACACAAACACACACGAAUUUUAAGAUGUAAAAUGACAGGUGUUCACGGUGACAUGAGGAUCAGUGGUCUUGGGGACUGUGUAGUUAUGAGGAUCAAAUGAGAAGACUCUGGAUUGAGUCAAAAUUGUAUCAGAGAAGAGAACAUUGGAAAAUGUAAGAGAGUGAUGUCAUUCCUAAACUAAGAGCUUGGUUUUGCUCCUGAGUUUAUACGCAGGUCUUGUGAAUGGUGGUUCUUCAUUUUCCAUGCAUUCUUUGCAUUGACUCAUACAUUUUCUUCAUCUCAAAUCUGGGAGUUAUCUAUCGCUGGGGUUGUUAUUAUUCCCAUUUUUCAGAUGACGACACCAAAACUCAGAGCGGAAGUGUCUUGCUCAAGAUUAUAUUGUUAAUAAAUGGUGGAACCAGGAUUCAAAUUCAGACUCCAAAAGGACAGGAGCUUGGACCUUCAUAUCAGCGAUCUUAUGCACCUCCUGGAGCCGGUGGGGAUAAGCCAAGGGCACACCUGACAGUUGUGAGACAAACUCCCACGCAGUCCUUGAAAAAUCAGUUCCCAGCUCUGCAUUGGGAACAUGAACUUGGCUUGGCCUUCACCAAGAACCGGAUGAACUACACCAACAAAUUUCUGCUGAUCCCAGAGUCAGGAGACUACUUUGUUUACUCCCAGGUCACAUUCCGAGGGACCACAUCCGAGUGUGGUGAAAUCAGCCAAGGGAGCCGACUAAACAAGCCAGACUCCAUCAUCGUGGUCAUCACCAAGGUAACAGACAGCUACCCUGAGCCGACCCAGCUCCUAAUGGGGACCAAGUCAGUGUGUGAAAUAGGCAGCAACUGGUUCCAACCCAUCUAUCUAGGGGCCAUGUUCUUCCUGAAUGAAGGGGACAAGCUCAUGGUGAACGUCAGUGACAUCUCUUUGGUGGAUUACACAAAAGAAGAUAAAACCUUCUUCGGAGCCUUCUUGCUAUAGUGGCAAGGCAGAUGUCGUUGUGUGAAGGUCCUCUGCCUCUUAGCUCCUAAUUUUCCUCAUUCAUAUGUAAUUAUAACUAGAAGGUUUUUUUGGAACAUCCAUAGAGACAGUGGUUAAGCCAUGAAAUUUAGGGGCCCAAAGUUCACACUUUAUGUGCCUUACUGAUGAGAAUACUAAUUGGAAAAAGGCAUAAGAGAACAGACCUAUUAUCAUGGUUUCUUGGAAGAGUGGUGAGUUUCUAAACAUUAAAACACUGAUCACCAGAUGAACGGAACAUUUCCACGCCUUCCUACUACACAUUUGUCACCAGAGGGCCCAGAUACUGUUCAAUUUUAUUAUGAAGCAUUUGCUUCGGUUCAGGAACCUUGAAAACAAAACCUAAUGCCCUAGAAAACAGUGUAAACCCUUGAGAGGCAAAAUCCUACGUCAGUUCCUCUAAACACAUACUUUAAUGCCUUGCCUACAAAAAUGGAAAGAGAGCUGAUAUUUCUCAUAAAUGUUCUCAAAAAAAGAAACUGAUUUUCACGCCAUCUAUGGCAAGUGAGAAAAACUACCUUUCUCUUUACUAUGUACACAUGCAUCAAAACAAGCAAGUGUGAGUUCCACAUGUGUAUGUCGAAAUACAUAUAACAAUAGCAUCUAUUCAGAACAGUGUUCUUGAGCGCCUUUUAUGUGUGUGCUACCUUAACCCAAAAGACCCUAUGAAGACUUGAGACAGACUCUACCCAAAUGUAUAUGAAUACACUAGAUGGCUUCUGGUCAAAUAUCGCUCUACAUAUUCCAAGGACUAAUUCUAAGUUCUAACAAAUCAGACACUGUUACAGAAGAUUUCUGAAGCUCUCCUGACUAUGUAAUAUAACCAGCUGAUUAGGUCACUCAAAAAACUUGAAGACAGAGUUCUAGCUAACAGACCAAUUAUAUAACAAACUUGACUGAUGCCAAGAGACAAUGGAUUUAUUCCCUGGGGGGGAAAUAUCAGUCACCACAUCUGGAGAUGUUAACCGAGAUCUGCUCUGAGGUUUGAUUCACAACUUUCUAUGCAGAGCGUUAUAUGGGUAUUUUUCUCUUAAAAUAUUCAAAGGGAUUUAAAUGUGGAAUUGGCUAAUCAGCCCAGCCAAGGCAUCUUUCCUGAAGAAGAGGCUGAACAUUGAGAAGGUCCUUCCAUUGCUUCAAUGAGUUCAUAUCCUCUAAUCUGUAUGAGUUUUCUGCACUCAUAUGUCAAGGGUUGGAGAGGCAUUUCUGCUCUCUUAGCCUCUGUUGACUUGUCUGUAAAGGAGGAAUCCACCAAUCUGUUUCCCAGGAUCAAAUGAGCUCAUGGGGAUGAAACAUGCUAACUUCAAGCAUUCUGUGAAGUCUGAGAGCAUGUCAGUGUGACAUGCGGAGUGAUCUCCAGCACCUUGGUCUCUAUAAUAAAUGUUCCCUAUUGUGAGAGACCUCACAGGUUGGUCUGAAAGCAAAUUUGGCAAUGACAUCACUCUUACUUACUCUUUUCACCAGGAGACUACAGCGGCAGAGACAUGCAUUAUGGGGUUCCUGAACAUGAUGACUGGUGUAGCAGUACUUGAUCAAUAUCUGUUGAGUUAUAAUUAAAUAAAAAUUAACUUCUAAUUUCUGAGUUGGGAGGUUAAGGUUCUAAAGCCCUCAGCUUCUCAAAACAGCACAGGCCCAGCAUGAGCACAGAGCAGGGCACGGUCACCUCCACCUGGUUCAGAAGUGACUUCACAAGGGGAGUGAAGCCUGAGUGACUCCUGAAAGGAGGUGGGCAGGCAGCGGAUGGCCUCAGGGAAAGGGCAUCUCAGACAGACUAAUUACCCUUUACUUAAAGCAGAAAGGAAAGGUUCCUCAGUAACUACAAACUCAGCUUGAUGAGAGAAUGUUUCCUCAACCAACUCCUAGAACAAUAUUUAUUGUUAAAUCAGGAAUGCUUUAUCAAUGACUCCAGUCUGGCUCCAAGAUCAGAACUAACACCCUAUUAGGGAAAGAAAAUGCUCUGCCUGCAUCUCCAUGAGCACACCCAGCAACCUGGGAUAUGGCAAAGGAUCUGCAUGCAUAGAAGAGUCCAGAGUCCCCUCCACUGAAAGGAACCCCUAUACCAAGGGCCCUCAAACCUUCCCUCUCUUCCACAGGGAAUCUGGUGAAUUUGGAAGUUUAUCCAACAAAUAGGAAUUUCCUACUAUCCUAGAAGACUUGAGGCUUUGGAAAAAUCCCUGCCACACAUUUGUUUUGCUCCUGUCAUAAGCUUGUUUAUUGAAGAUUGUAUUGUGCUCAAGUCUUCACUGCUGAAUUUGUUAAAUUCUCUCUGAUAUUUCUUUUACUGUUCAGAUAGGCCCAGCCAGACAUUCCUAGUGGAACUCAAGUCAGAACUUCUGUUUCCUAGGCAUUAUGUCCAUAGCAAAACUUAGCAUACUAGUUGGGAGAGCGAGGUGGGAGAAUGCUUUUUAAGAAUGUGAUGGUCCCCUAAAAGGAGUAAAUGGGGUGCAUCCAAAGAUUUGGAAGGGAAAAAGGAGCAUGCUUAUGUGCUUUAGAAAAUAGUUAAUUUAGGGAGAAAAUGUUUUACCGAUUCCACGUCUCUGAAAAGGCUGAAUUCAAAUCAAUUCCACAAACACUUACUGAGUACCUACUUGCCCUGGGGAUACAAAGAUAAAUUAUUUUAGUCUCAGGCAUAUUCGUUCUAACUGCUUAGCACCUCCACUGUCUGCAGACCCUUUAUUAUUUUGGUUGUGUUAGCUAAUUAAUUAGCUAACAUUAGACACAUGGAUAUUUUCUCAUUACGAAAAUGGGUGACAUUUGAUGAAGGAUGAUCAUUAACAAAAUGACUUGUGUUUACUCUAAGUGUUUUUUUAAAUAGCUAUUCAACGAUAGUUCUCCAUAAAUAAAAGGGGGGAAAAUAAAGGUACUUUCUGUGCUAAAAUCCAUUAUUUAAGCCACAUGUAGAGAAAGGUUAUUAUCUCCUGGACUAGAGUUUGGCCAUCAACACCCAUGAAAAUAUUAGAACUUUAUGGAUAACCCAGAUGUUUUGAAAAGCCUGUGUUUCUCAGCCAAUACAGAAGCCAUGAUCAAAAUGCAUGGGGUCACUAGUAUUUUGACCCUGGUUUAGAUCUAUUUGGAACAAAAUUGCUUAAGCUACUAAAAUUCCUAGCUUUUUUUGACUAACAUACUGUAGAAUGUGAAAAAGUACACUUUCACAUCCAGAAAGGUGUCUGGUUCAGUUCAAUAACUAGGCAUGCCAGAGCCCUUGCCUCUAUUUCAGUCUAGGCUAUGUCACCCCAGAGGAAAUUCCACCUCUGCGAUCGUCAAUAACCCCUCUGGCUUAUAAAAGUUCAACUAGUUCACUGUGCACACGGCAGGUCUGUUACCAAGUUUCUCUCGCAAGGUGUUUUCCCAAGUCCUCUCCCUGUCGUGUUUCCAUGAUUGUGACACUGGGGAUUAAUUCUUCAGCACAGGACUCUUUACACGUUACACCUUGCAAAACACAUGCAGAAGCCACUCGCCUCAAGACUUCUUACUCUCCCAGGACCCAGAGUCCUGGAAGUAUUCUGCCAUUUUUAGGAGAAAUUUUUUAAACAAUGUACCACUGUCCUGGAUAUUAAGAGCUAUUGCAUCACACUGACAGCUGGGCCUGGGAAGAAUUCAGUGGACUAUUAACCCCUGAAUGCUUUUGCUCCAGCAGUGAGAGAGUGAGGGUCAGAGUAGUCACAUCUAUGCCCUGCUCCACUCUGUUAACCAUAUUUACAACUUUCCAAGCUCUGAGACACAUUUACCCCCUGCCAUCCAUUCCAUCACCCAUUUUAAGAAGAAAAUACCAUACCAGCUCAGACAGGACUUACUUGUUCAGAACCACACAAUGAGUUAAUGGUGAUCUAGAGCUAAGAUACUGUUCCCCUGAAUCAUAAUCCUAGGCUCACCCAAUUACCCUCUGCCCUUAUUAAAUAGUAAUUAAUAAUAACUGGAGGAGAAAUUGGAGGAAGACAUGAGAAAUAUUAUCAAAUAUCUAUGGGGUGACGUAGAAAGGGGGAAGAAAUUUCUUCCAUGUCUCCCUAGAGGAAAAAGCUAGGGCUAAUAAGUUGGAGUUACAGGGUUACCAUUUCUGGCUUGAUAUCCAAAUGAACUUUCCACCCCAAAAUAGAAUGUCCCCAGAUAGUGAUUGCUCAGUCCCAGGAGACAUUCAAGCAAAGGGCUCAUCUCAAGGCUUUUGUAGAAACCAUUCCUUCAUUGAGGUGAGAGAAAGGAUUGAGCCAAAGGAUUUCUGAGGUCUUUUCCAAAUCUUUGAUUACACGGUCUUUUCAAUUGACUUCUGUGUGUUCUAUUUGAUCAUUAAGAACCUGACAGGUCUUGUCAAGAGUUCUGGACUUCUAGCUUAGAAGUGGUUGCCAUUUCCCACUUGUUCAGAGAUUGUCCAACACAAGUGACUCUGAGAUGUUGACCAAUAGAGCACAUCAUGGAAUUUUAGAGCUGACGGGAUCUGCAGAGCUUAUCUGCUCCAAGUUACAUCAUUUUAAGGAUGAAGGAAGCAAGGCUCAGAAAGGUGACGUAAAUGGCCCAAUGCCAGACAGUAGCUAGUAGCAGCGUGAGGCUAGAAUGCAUAUCUCCUGACACCCAGCCCAGCAAUCUUUCCAUGUCAUCCACGACUCAGUUAUUUUCUUGAGCAUAUGUCACAUGGCAGCACUUACCUAGAUGCUGGAGAGCCAAGGCAAGAGGGAGUAUGACAGGCAAGUCCCACUACCAUGUUGCAUAUGUGUUCAGGAGGAAGGAGACACACAAUGUUGAGUAAAUAAAGUAGCUGAACUUAAUCAGAUGACUUUAUUUGUAAAGUCAUUAAAAUAUGUAACUUCCCCUCUUUUGUUUCAGGGGUGAAAAGAUUAAACAAGUAUAGGUGUUUAUGUGGUUUUAAUGAUAAGCCCCAUGUGCUUUUACUGAUUUUAUGUUUUAUGUUAAAACAUCACAAACCCAAGGUAAAUUGCAUAUUGUAUGUUGUUGGAUAUGUAUUUAACUGAUGUAAGUGCCCUGUCUUCCAGCACUACUGUAUGGAUUCCAAUCACUGUGAAUGAAAUGUUGUACGUGUUUAAAGUAUUUAAUAGAUGUAACUUAAUAAAUUGGCAUUGAAAGCUGCAGAAUUUUAAUAAUUA